CACAAAGAUAUGGCUUCCUCCAGCAGUCUCCUGUCUGAGGAGCAGUUCCAGUGUUCUAUCUGUCUGGAUGUGUUCACUGAUCCAGUCUCUACCCCAUGUGGACACAACUUCUGUAUGACCUGUAUCAAAGGAUUCUGGGACAGCAGUGACUCCUGUAGGUGUCCAAUGUGUAAGAGGAAGUUUGAGACGAGACCAGAUCUCUAUGUUAAUACAGUCCUUGCUGAUCUAAGUGCGCAGUUCAAAAACUCAAUACCUACUGUCAAAACCAGAGACGUUUCAUGUGACAUCUGCACAGAGGAGAAACUUGUUGCUCUGAAGUCCUGUCUAAUGUGUCUGACCUCUUACUGUGAGACUCACCUGGAGCCUCAUCAGAGAGUCUCAGCCUGGAAGAGACACAAACUGAUUGAUCCUGUGGAGAAUGUGGAGGAUUAUAUCUGUAAGAAACAUGAGAGACCCCUGGAGCUGUUCUGUAGAGAUGAUCAGACAUGUGUGUGUCAGUUCUGUACUGAGGGAGAGCACAGAACUCACAACACUGUUCUCAUAGAGGAGGAGAGUGGAGAGAGGAAGACACAGAUGGGGAAGAUGCGGACAGAAGUCCAGCAGAUGAUCCAGGACAGACUGAAAAAGAUUGAAGAGAUCAGACACUCAGUAGAGAUCUGUAAAAAAAACACAGGGAAAGAGAAAGCAGACAGCAUAGAGAUCUUCACUGCUCUUAUGAGAUCCAUUGAGAGAGUCCAAGCUGACUUACUUGAGUUGAUGGAGGAGAAACAGAAAGCAGCAGAGAAGGAGGCUGAAAGAGUCAUUAAAGAACUGGAGCAGGAAAUCAGUGAUCUAAAGAGGAGAGACAUUGAGCUGGAGCAGCUCUCACACACUGAGGACCUCCUCCACCUCCUACAGAUUUACCCAUCUGUGUGCAGCCCUCCACACACCAAGAACUGGACUGACAUCAGUAUUAAGACUGCUGUGAGUGUGGACACUCUGAGGAGAUCUCUGACUCAGCUGGAGGAAUCAUUCAAUAAGACAAUGGAGAAGACACAACUGAGGAUGAUUCAGCGAUAUGCAGUGGAUAUGACACUGGAUCCUGAAACAGCACAAGCAAACCUUAUCCUGUCUGAUGAUGGGAAACAGGUGAAAUUUAGAGACAAACCACAGGAUGUCCCUGACAACCCAAAGAGGAUUACUCAUUGGUAUAGUGCCCUAGGAAAGGAGGGGUUCUCCUCAGGGAGAUUUUACUAUGAGGUGCAGGUCAGUGAGAAGACUGAUUGGUAUUUAGGAGUGGCCAGAGAGUCCAUUGAAAGGAAGGGGAAUAGUGCUCUGACCCCUAUAAAUGGAAUUUGGACUCUGUUCCUGAGGAAUGGGAAUGAAUAUAAGGCUCUUGAUGAUCCUGAGGUCCUCCUCUCUCUGAAACACAAACCCCAGAAGGUGGGGGUGUUUGUGGAUUGUGAGAAGGGUGUGGUCUCCUUUUAUGAUGUGGAGGCCAUGUCUCAUAUCUACUCUUUCACUGGUCAGUCUUUCACUGAGAAACUCUAUCCAUACUUCAAUCCCUGUAGAAAUAAUGGAGGUAAAAACUCUGCUCCCCUGAUCAUAACUCCUGUCAUUCACAAUAAAUGA